CCGCACGUAGCUGUCAAUAGCAGGACGCUCGGUCGCUGUUGGAUGGAUGCACACCCGCGGCUGUAGCAGGAUCGAUUUAUUAUUGUUAUUUUUGACUCAAAAUGUAAUGUUUUUACUAAAACUGACGCUUUUAUUUCGUCGGGGGGGUAUGCAGCAGCUCGGCACGUCUAUCUGAGACGUUUAGCUAGCCAGGCUAAGCGAAACGGGACACUAACAGCCUCAAUGCUAACAGCUACCUUAGGCUAAAAUAAGCUAAGUUAGCCGGACGGUUGCUCCCCCCCCUCUGACUGCUUCAGCCCGUGUAGCGGUUCCUAUCCCGGUCUGGCCUUUAUCGUGUUCUCUGUAAACGGAGGAGCCGUGCAGAACCGGAGCUGUGGCGGGGAGAGGGACCGACGGGAACCCCCUGGCUACCCAGGCGGACGGACCGAAGUGACACGCCGGGUGUUGUUGAGAUUAAACUGGAACCAUGGCCGAGUUGUCCACCUUGCCUCCUUCACCACCUCCACUGGGUGACCCCAGUGCAGCGCCACCUAUCGCUCCGUCAGUGAUGCCUGCUUCCAGCUGCACCGAGUCGACGAAGGAGAUGCCUCUACCCAAGUCUUCCCUUUACAACGAUAAAGCUUUGACUGGAAACACUUCGUCAGCACUUUCAGGCGGUUCGCCCUGCACCGCCCAGCCUCCUAACAGCUCAACAAAGCCGACAGCAGAUCCCGAUCCGCCUUCAUUGAACCCGGCAGCUGCUCCUGAGCCGGCGGGGAACAAACGAGAUGCCGUGACCGGUGACCAAGUUGUUGCAGGUCCCCUAAACGCCGAGACGGAUAACUCUGAGCUUGCAGCUCAGACAAAAGCUCCAGAGGAACCGUUGAACCCCGGUCCUAAUCUGUACCCAAACGUCCACGUCUCCUCUAACGCACACCCUGCCGUGGACGUCGCUCCGCCGCAGACGAGUGUUGAUGUCGACCCGACACCUGCCCCUCCAGCAGCAGAAGCAGCAGCUGAUGAGGAGAAACCUCAGCCACCACAACAAGCACAAAAACCGGCGAAUAAGCCGCCGCCGCCGCCGUCUCCUCUGUCCUCAAAGCCUGAAGUUUGUCCCCCCGGUGAAGCCUGGGAGGGAGAUCUGCCCGCUACACCAACCAGAGCGGCACCGUCUAGCCCAACCGUGCCUGUGAUCCACGAGCCAGUCGCCCCGCUGCCAAACCCAAAGCCGGCCCCUGACACCCUAAGCUAUCUGGACUCAGCCAGCCUGUUUUCGGGAACUCUGGAGUCGCUGUCCGGGUUGGGAGAGGACGGCAGCUCCCUGGGCUCAGACUCCGAGAUCAACGGCCUAACCACGAGGCGCACCGAUAAAUACGGAUUCCUGGGUGGGAAUCAGUACAGCGAUGCAGCUGAGAAGGACCUUCGAGUUGAAGUUGCAAGGCAGCGGGAGAUGAAAUGGCUGGAUAUGUUCUGCCACUGGGAUAAAUGGGUCAAACAUCGCUUCCAGAAGGUGAAGCUGCGCUGCAGGAAGGGAAUCCCAUCUUCCCUCAGGUCCAAAGCCUGGCAGCUGCUGUCUGACAGCCAAAAGCUGCUGGAAGAAAACCCCGGAAAGUUUGAGGAGCUGGAGAGAGAACCAGGCGAGGCUAAAUGGCUCGACAUCAUAGAGAAAGAUCUUCACCGGCAGUUCCCCUUUCACGAGAUGUUUGCUGCACGCGGAGGACAUGGACAACAGGAUUUAUACCGUAUCCUGAAGGCCUACACUGUCUACCGGCCGGACGAGGGUUACUGCCAGGCCCAGGCUCCGGUGGCUGCAGUGCUGCUCAUGCACAUGCCUGCAGAGCAAGCUUUUUGGUGCCUCGUCCAGAUCUGCGAGAAGUAUCUUCCUGGCUACUACAGCGCCGGGCUGGAAGCGAUUCAGCUGGACGGAGAGAUCUUUUUCUCCCUCCUGCGGCGCACGUGUCCGAUGGCGUACCGCCAUCUUAAGAAGUUCAAGAUCGAUCCCAUCCUCUACAUGACCGAGUGGUUCAUGUGCAUAUUCUCGCGCACGUUACCCUGGGCGUCUGUUCUGCGUGUCUGGGACAUGUUUUUCUGUGAAGGAGUGAAGAUAAUAUUCCGUGUGGGCUUGGUGCUGCUGAAGCAGAUGCUGGGCUCGGUGGAAAAGCUGCGGGAGCUGCAGGGCAUGUACGAGACCAUGGAGCGCCUCAGAAACAUCUCGCCCGACACCAUCCGAGAGGACGUCCUGGUGCAGGAGGUCAUAACGCUCCCUGUGACCGAGGCGCUCAUCGAGAAGGAGUGCAGCGUCCAGGUGAGGAAGUGGAGGGAGUCCAGAGGGGAGCUCACCCACCAGCCGGGCCGCCGGCUCCACGGCACCAGAGCCAUCUACGAGUACAAGCGGCGGGCUUCCGCCAUCAGCUCAGGCGGCAGCUUCUCUUUCCUCGGGAGCUCGGCCCCGCCCCCUGGCCCCCUGCGGGCUUCAUCCAGCCUCCUCUCGCUCCCUGGCUUCCGCAAAUCCAGGGCCCCUUUUUUCUCCCAGCCUAAAAAAGGCUCCUUCUCCGGGCCGUCGGGGAUGGACGCGUUUCCUCCCCACUCUCCUCCUCCUCCUCCUGCUGCGUCGAACCAGAAACCUCCCAUUCCUCCAGGAGCAGGUCAGAAGGCCUCGGCGCCUCACGUCCAGAGCCCUUUAGUCGCCGGAUCGUCCGCCGGGCCGCCCCAAACGGCAGAGGGCACCGCGGCGCAGAGCCAGCCGGCUCAACAAGCCCCCGCACAAAGCACGCCUCCCCCCAACACGCUGUCCCCCUCCCCGAAGAUCGUCUCGGAGCAGAUCACUCCCACCAUCCCCUCUCCCACGGCCAACAACGCUCCUCUGCAGCCAGAGCCGCCGAAGGAGGCGGCGGCGCCGAAGGAAGCGCCACCGAAAGAGGCGGCGUCCGGCGAGGAAGAGGGAAGGAAGAAGAAGAAAAGCAAAGAGGACAAGAAGAAGGAGAAGGAGGAUGAGAAGAAAAAGCUGAAGGAAAAGAAGGAGAAGGAGAAGGUCGAAAGGGAGAGGGCCAAGAAGGAAAAGGAGAGGCUAGAAAAGGAGAAAAAGAAAGGGGGCAAGAAAAAGGACAAAGGGGGCGGAGAGGCGGAAGAGAAGAACGGAGCUGCGGCGGCGAAGGAUUCAACCUAGUUUUUUUUUUUUGUUUUUUUUUUCCUCUCCCUGUCAUUCCAGGAAAAUGUAAAAGGGAAGCCGGGGGGGAAAAAAAAAAAAGAGGUCAAAAAAACUCCUGAAACGGUGAUUAAGUUAAAAGAGGAGACGGCUUCCUGUUCGUUCUGAGACUUUAUAUAUUUCAACGACUGAUGGAGACGACUGGGUUUUGGUUUUAAUGGCACCCGGAGGGCUAGUUCACCUCUUAAUGCUUUGGUUCCCACCCCCCCCCCCCCCCCCACUCCCACUCCCACUCCAAGUUUUAUUGACAUUGGAAACUUUUUACAACUGGAGCGCCGUCUGGGAAUCAGAUUAGUUGCUUUUUGUUUUGUUUUUGUUUGUUUAUUUGCUGAGAAACUUACAGUCGUUACCGACUUUUACUUUGUUCAAUCAGGCUGAUGGCAGUUCUUAAAAGAAACACGAGGGGAUUCGCUAGAAACUGUGUCAUAGUGUGUUAAAUUAAUUUAAUUUAAAUUAAAAUCUAGCUGCAGCUGUU